ACUUGUUUAAGUACCGUAUGAGUUUGCUAAGUAGAUUAGCGUGACAUUUGCAGGCUAGGAGACAAGCCGGCUACGUCCUAAAUCGCACGUCCAUACCUGCUACACUAAAUAACAUGAAUAGUAGACUAGAAUAGUGGACUAGCCCCCCUGUUAGAGGUGAUAAUCUGGCUGUUCUGAGACAUUAGUUAUUGCAGGAGUUUGCUAUUUAGGACUUGGCCUUUAUCAUGACUCAGGGAAAAAAAACAAACGGAGGCUGUGGGUUUUCGUCACUAUGGAAACCGCGACGCAGCGACCGCGAGCGCAACUGCUGUGUCCUCGCGCUCAGUUGUAGCAGCUGAUAGCCUUCAGUGACAGAAAACUGGCAGAGUAAGAAAACUAGACAAAAUGCCAUGGGACAUAUUUAGUUUCUUUAAGUUGUGUGUUCCAUUUUUGUAAACGAAUAGAAAAUUUUUUUGUAGUGUAUAUUUACUUUUUUAACUUCACUUUAAAUUGUAAUAAGAUAUUACAGGAAAUUUAGCAGUUGCAGACCACACAAGCCUCUUCCUGUUGCCCCGUCUAUGAUGAGGUAGGACUUUCAUGAAAAGCCUGGAAGAGAAAUGGAUCGAAAUGAAGAAUCGGAUUCUUUGAAAUAAUGUUCUUUGCUGUGGAUUAUAUCAACUUUCUACUAUGACAUCUCACAUUAACAGACGAUUAGGGAGUGGGAAGUAUGUCUGAAUUCCUGAAUCACAAGGCCAUGAAAGUCGUCUACAAAAGUCCAGAUAACGAAGACAUACAGCCAGAGCCUGAGAUGAUGAAGGAUCUGGAGAGAAGGGGAUCAGGCCUGGUACUUGCUUCACAGCUGGAGAAGAUCGAUGAAUUCUUCCAGAUCUGUGACAGUGAAGGCAAGGGUUACAUUACGCCCACUGAUAUGAGGAGGUUGAACAAAGAAUUACCACUCUCUGCAGAAGAACUGGAGAAUGUCUUUGACUCAUUAGACUUGGACAGAAAUGGCUAUCUUACUCUAGAAGAGUUCUCCUCUGGAUUCAGUAAAUUUCUGCAGGGAUGCAGAAUGAGUCAGGUGGAAUAUCAGUUCACGGGUCUCUCACAGGACUCUCCAGAAGCUCUAUAUCAGAAUGAUCCACAGGAUUAUGAGGAAGAAAGACACUUUAGCACUCUGAUGGAAAGCCUCGGCGCUAGCAAUAUCUUUGAAGAUCCCAGUGAAGUGCGCACUCUGUGGACUCAGCUAAGAAAAGAUGAGCCACAUCUCCUGUACAACUUUGAAGAUUUCCUGGCUCGAGUCACAUCCCAGAUCAGAGUGGCCCAACAAGAGAAGAGUGAGAUGGAAAGUGCCUUGAGAAAGAAAGCUGCAACACACAAUGGUGAAAUCCGGCAGUUGUACGAGGAAAUGGAGCAACAGAUAAAAAAUGAGAAAGAUCGACUGAGUCACAAGGACUUCAGAAGUCAGGAUCUGCUACAGCAGUUGAGCAGCAAAGAGCAAGAACUUGAGAAGCUCUUCCUCAAACAGAGGAGGUUAGAGCAACAGUGUCAAGAGCUGCACAGUGAACACCAGGAGAGUCAGGUGGAGAACAUGAAACUGAAAAUGACCAAUCAGGAGCUCUCAAGCGAACUGGAACACACCUGUCAUGAGCUGUCAUUGGCUCAGGAGCAACUGGCCAAACUGCAGGAGCAAGGCUUGAGACAGCAGCGAGAAAAAGAAAUGGAGGUGUACAGAAUCGCAGAGAGACUGCAGAGAGAGAAACAAAACCUAGCUGAUCAAUUAGACCUGCUCAGAGAAAUGAAUAAACAUUUAAGAGAUGAAAAAGACUCUUUGAAAUGCAACAACUUGUUAAAGAAAGCCACCUUUGAACAGGGACCAGCCUCAAACUUAAUUGUUCAUUCUGACCAAAAGCAGACUACAGAAAGUGAGGCUGGUACAGAAGUGACUCAGCACCCAAACAGGAAGACCUCGUCUCGUAGCUCUAGCCCACACUCUGCGUCCGGAGAUGAUGGGAUGAUGAGAGCGGCCAAGCAUACUGCGAGUGCAGACGGGAACUCAGUGACUGAGAACCCAGACACCAAUGCAGUGGAUUCUCCACCAUUCCACAGGGUUAUCUCCAUCGAGGAGGACCACCUCCCACACCUGCUAGAAGGAGAACCCUAUCCUCUCUUCCACCAGAUGAAUGAGGAAGAAGAAGUGGCCCAGAUUGAUCUGCAGAUGAGCCCCAUGUGUCCCUUAAACAUGUCCCUGCCCUCUGUGACCAGGGGCCAGCCAGUAGGCAAGGAGGCUUUGCAGAAGGGUCCAGUGGAGAGUUCUGUGUCCACGCCACAGCGCCUCUUUAAAGUCAUUCUUGUGGGCAACUCAAGCGUGGGUAAAACUGCUUUACUGCACCGUUUCUGUGGUCAUUUCCACAUGGACACUACAGCCACUGUGGGCAUUGACUACAGUGUUCGGACUCUGAAUCUGGGGGACAGUCAUGUGGCUCUGCAGCUGUGGGACACUGCAGGACAAGAGAGAUUUCGAAGCAUCACCAAGCAGUUUUUCCGCAAGGCUGAUGGCGUGGUGGUGACCUAUGACAUCACUCUGCGUGACAGCUUUAAGUCUGUGCGCUCCUGGCUGGUGAGCAUACAGGAAACAGUCGGGGACCCAGUUCCCAUCAUGCUUCUGGGCAACAAAUCAGACAGGGAGAGUAUGAGACAGGUGGCAACUGGGGAAGGGGAAAAGCUUGCUAAGGAAGCACGUUUGUUGUUCUACGAGUGCAGUGCUUAUACAGGCUACAAUGUGCUAGAAGCCAUGGUACACCUAGCCAGAGUGCUGAAGGAGCAGGAGGACAGAGUUUGGGAGAACCCAGUGGGGCUGGUGGAUCAACCAGUGAAGAAGAAAACCUGCUGCAUGUGACCACAAACACACACACACACACACACACAGACACAUACACACACAGGUAUAUUAAAUGUGUACCAUAUGAGAAGGAGUGCUGGAGGUGAACAGCUAAGCAGUAAUUAGGAAACGUUAUCUGAAUCAAAUCCAUCUCUUCUGCUCUGCGAUUUCAUUAUGUUGUUGUUGCUGGGUUAAUAGACUGACGAAAGUGUUCUUUACUCAGGUCUAUGGACUCAUGUGUCAGUAAGUGGUAGAAUAAACUAGUGAGAUACAGUACAGUUGAUUCUGUUUAGGAUUCAAAUGCAACUACAUGUAGAGCAACAUCUACUCACUACAAGCAUGAAUGCCAUGUAUGAGCCUUGGUGAAUAAGCAUGAAUAGGCAUGAGUAGGCAUGAAAGUAACAGACCAACAUGCCUCCUAAGAUUCUCUGUCUAAAUUUGGAAGUAAAAUAUUUGAGGUGUAAAUAUUUAGUUAUGUACUAAAUUGUUAGUUAUGUACAUACAUAUUUUUUCUACUGUCAUUCCAUGUACAGAUAUAUUUGUUAUAUAAAAUUUGUUAUACAAGAUGUAUAGAAUUAUGGUGUAAUACAACAUUUGUUUUUUAU